ACUCUGUCAAUUCCCCAAGGCCAUGGAGCGCUAUACCUCACAAACUCCCCCUCCAUGCACCACCUUCUACGACGACGGCGACACCGCGAAACCCCACCAAUCCCCGCCCCGCGCCUCCUUCAAAUCCCUCCCCCAGCUCUACGACCACCACCACGACAACCUCCUCUACAGCCCUCCCCGGUCCUCCUCCGCCGCAGCCAGCCCCAACUUCUACUCCCUCCUCCCUCCCCCCAGCCCUGACUCCCCAUGGAGCCUCUCCCCCCACCAGACCCCCUCCCCCGCCCUCCUCUACCACUGCAUCGCCUCCCUCCACCGCCAAGACGGCACCAUCUUCUCCAUCGCCGUCUCCAACGGCCUCGUCUUCACCGGCUCUGAGAGCUCCCGCGUCCGCGCCUGGCGCCAGCCUGACUGCACAGAGCGCGGACACUUCAGGGCGUCCGCUGCCGCGGGCGAGGUCCGCUCCAUCCUCGCCCACGGCAACACCCUCUUCACCUCCCACGCGGACCGCAAGGUCCGCGCCUGGACAUUCUCUGCCGCCGCCGCCGCGGCAGAGACUUUCCACGCGAAGAAAAUCGCCACGUUCCCAAAACCAAAAUCCCUCUUUUCAUUCUCGCGAAACCCUAAUUUUAAACACAGGGACAACAUUUCAUGCAUGGCGUACAACCACGCGGAGGGGAUCCUCUACACCGCGUCGUGGGAUCGCACCGUGAAGGCGUGGCGCGUGUCCGACGCGCGGUGCGUGGACUCCUUCGCGGCCCACGAGGACCAGGUGAAUGCCGUUGUGGUCAACCAGGACGACGGCUGCGUGUUCACCUGCUCCUCGGACGGGGCCGUGAAGCUCUGGCGCCGCGUCUACGGCCAGAGCUCGCACACGCUGACGAUGACGCUCCGGUUCCAGCCGUCCCCCGUGAACGCGCUGGCGCUGAGCGCGUCGUCGUCGUCGUGCUUCCUCUACUCCGGAAGCUCGGACGGCGUGAUCAAUUUCUGGGAGAAGGAGAGGAGCUCCGGGAGGUUCAACCACGGCGGAUUUCUGCAGGGGCACAGAUUCGCGGUGCUGUGUUUGGCGGCGAUUGAGAAGCUCAUCUUCAGCGGAUCGGAGGAUACGACGAUUAGGAUAUGGCGGAGGGAGGAGGGGAGCUGCUUCCACGAGUGCCUGGCGGUGCUGGACGCGCAUCGGGGGCCGGUGAAGUGCCUCGCGGCGGCGCUGGAGGUGGAGAAGGUGGUGGUGAUGGGGUUUCUGCUGUAUAGUGCGGGGUUGGAUCAGACGUUUAAGGUGUGGAGGAUUAAGGUGAUGCCGGAGGAGGUGGAGGCUUCGCAGAGGAGGCCGCCGCCGGUCGAGACGGCGGCGAAGGGAGGGGAGUAUGAGGCGAGUCCGGUUUUGAGCCCUUCGUGGGUGGAAAAGAAACUUGGUACUGAUCCGUUUCACUGAUUUUUUUUUAGAUAUUUUAGUCAUCAAUGGAUAAUAUUAAGGGAUAUUGGUGUUUAAAAUCAUGAAUUUUGGGCCAA